GCGGGGAAGUUCAGCUUCAUUCAGCUCAUCAUCUACAUCGGCUCCACGCUGUCGUACUACGCUCUGACGACCGUGAUGAUCGACUGGCUGAUAGGAACCAGAUGUUACUCUGCAGAAGUUGGACAAAACUACUCGGAGAAGAAAGUGGAGUCGGUCCAAGACAAGCAGAAGUGCAUCCUGUGUGUGUCCUACGUCGACGAAAACAACAUCCGACUGGUGAAGAGAUCGAAGAAGAAAAGUUUACAGGACAUCAAACCGGUUUCUGUGCAGCCACGCAAGGAGGACAGCGGACACCUGAGAGCCGUCCUCUGUCUGCUCCAGUCUGAUAAUCACGACGCUCAGCCUCCCCUCGACCAUAAAUCCGAGCCGGGACGCCGUCGCCCGGCCUGGUGUAGGUGUGACCGCUGCGCCCCCUCCGCCCUCCCUCUGGAGGAGCUGUGCUGCCGGCAGAGCGACGGCGCCUGCAUCACCUCUUCGCCGCUGUUCGAGCAGCUCGUGUUGCGUCGCUCCCUGCUGGAGGCCGUCCUCCUGUACCGGGACCCUCUGUCCCCUCUUGCAGGUCAAGGAGAGACCGCCAUCCUGCGUCACUGCGCCUACGGUCAGUACAUCAGCUGGAGGCUUGGGGUCCCGCCUGAGAACACCCUCCCUGCCAUCCCCAGCUGCUGCGUGUGGAGGGUCAGAGGGGAAUACCCGAAGCCGGACGGACAGUACGGCGGCUUCAGACCUGACAGGACGGCGUCCAUGCAGGCGUUUGCUAACGGAGAGCUGUGAGAGGAGAGCACGGACUCCCCCGCUCACCGACCCACUAACUUUCUAUGUUCAGUCCGCUUCAGAGAGCAAAAAAAGCAUUAACUUGAGCUUGUGUUUGGUCAGACGGGGGAUAAAAGCAGUCAAUAAAUCACUGCACUUUCUAACAUUAUCCGUUAAAUCAUUCGGCUGCUCGGUAAAAAUUAAAGCCAUUUUUCUCAGUUUCACUCCCUUUAAGCAGCUUCUUGCCUUUUAAAGGGCAGAAAUUUCAUUUUUAACACCACUAACCCGCUCAGACAAAAGAUUUCUGCAGCCAGGAA